GGCCAUAGUGCUGUGCCUGGAUGUGGGCUUUACAAUGAGCAAUUCUGCCUCUGGUGAGGAGUCUUCACUUGAACAAGCCAAGAAGGUUAUGACAAAGUUUGUGCAGCGACAGGUUUUUGCUGAGAGUAAAGAUGAAGUUGCUGUAGUUUUGUUUGGCACAGAUGGUACUAGGAAUGACCUCGCCCGUGGGGAUCAAUACCAAAACAUUACUGUACAUAGGUCACUAAUGCUACCAGAUUUUGAUCUGCUGGAAGAUAUUCAAGAUGUUAUUAAACCAGACUCUGAACAAGCAGACUUUCUGGAUGCAAUUAUUGUGUGUAUGGACUUGCUUCAGAAGGAAACAAUAGGAAAGAGAUAUGAGAAGAGACACAUUGAACUGUUUACAGACCUUAGUAGUCCUGUCAGUGAGGAUCAGCUGGAAAUUAUCAUUGCGAACUUGAAGAAAACAGGAAUUUCACUUCAGUUUUUUCUGCCAUUUCCAGUGGAUGUUGAUGAUGGAGGUGGAGAUACAAAUGCCAGUGUACAUUCUCAAAUGCACAGAAACUCUUUUCCAAGAAAGGGUUUAACUGAGCAACAGAAGGAAGGCGUUGAUGUGGUGAUGAAACUGAUGCAUACUUUGGAUGAAGAAGGGGGGCUGGAAGAAAUUUAUACUUUCAGAGAGAGCCUGGAGCGUCUUUCGAUGUUUAAGAAAAUAGAAAGAAGACCUAUGGCUUGGCCCUGCCAGCUCACUAUUGGUUCUAAUUUGUCUAUAAGGAUUGUGGCCUACAAAUCAGUCACAGAAGAGAAGGUGAAAAAAAUGUGGACAGUUGUGGAUGCUAAAACCCUCAGAAAAGAUGAUGUGCAAAAAGAAACUGUUUACUGCUUGAAUGAUGAUGAUGAGACAGAGGUUCAGAAAGAUGAUACUAUUCAAGGGUUUCGCUAUGGGAGUGAUAUAGUUCCUUUUUCCAAAGAAGAUGAAGAACAAAUGAAAUACAAAACAGAAGCAAAAUGUUUUUCUGUUUUGGGAUUCAGCAGAUCCUCUCAGAUCCAGAGGCAUUACUACAUGGGCAACCAGGUUCUGAAGGUCUUUGCAGCGAAAGAUGAUGAGAACGCAGCAGUUGCUUUUUCUGCCCUUGUUCAUGCAUUGGAUGAGUUGAAAGUGGUAGCUAUAGUGCGUUACGUUUAUGAUAGAAGAUGCAACCCGCAAAUUGGGGUAGCUUUUCCAUAUAUUAAGGAUGCAUACGAGUGUCUCAUCUAUGUGCAACUACCCUACAUGGAAGACUUAAGACAGUACCUAUUUUCAUCCUUGAAAAACAAUAAAAAAUGCAUUCCUACAGUGGAUCAGUUAUCUGCUGUCGACUCUUUGAUUGAUUCUAUGAAUUUGAUUUAUGAAGAUGAUGAUGGAGAAACUUUUGAAGACCUGUUUAAGCCCAGCAAAAUCUCAAACCCUCAUUUUCAGAGGUUAUAUCAGUGUUUGCAGCAUAAGGCUUUUCACCCCAAUGAGCCAUUGCCACCAGUUGAACAGCACAUUUUAGAGAUGCUGGAGGUGCCCCAUGUGGUAAAAGAAAGGUGUCAGGCUCCUCUUGAAAAAGUAAAAGCACUUUUCCCUCUAAAGGAAGUUGGCAAGAAAAAGGAGGAGAAGACUGCUCAAGACAUCUUCAAAGACAACAGUGAAGAUGGACCCAACCCUAAGAAACCAAAAAUUGACGAUGAGGAAGGUAGCUUUAGCAUCAUAAAACUUGCUGAAGGCAAUGUCACCUCUGUUGGCAGUGUUAACCCAGCAGAAGAUUUCAGAAUUCUGGUGAGGCAGAAAAAUGCUGACUUCAAAGACGUGAGUCAGCAGUUGAUAAACCGCAUUGAUCAGUUCCUGGAAAAUAAAGAUUCACAGUACUACAUGAAAGGGAUCAGUUGUAUCAGUGUUUUCAGAGAGGAGGCCAUUAAGCUGUCCAAGGUGCAGUGCUUUAAUGAUUUUCUGCAGGCCCUGAAAUCAAAGGUGGAAGAUAAAGCCUUAGCUGAUUUCUGGGAGAUCAUGAUACAAGACAGAAUUUCUUUGAUCACUAAAGAUGAAGCAGAGGGAAGUUUGGUGACUAGUGAAGAGGCUGAAAAGUUCUUGGCUUCGAAAGAAAAGAAAAAUGAAACUCUGCCUCCCACAGAUGAAGGUGGUGAUGUUGAUGAUCUGCUGGACAUGAUGUGACUGGGUGAUAUAUGGUGACUAUACAAGCAAAGUUUUGGAAGAGAUCUCCCUGUGAGAUGGGGCACAAAACAGGAUGCUAAUGAGAAGGCAGUAUAUUCAUCUUCAUUUUCUCGAAUGAGAGCAGAAGUCCCAGAGACAUUUCCAGUUGGUAUAAAUGUCAUCUGACUUCUCAAAACUAGAACAGAAGAUUGAAAUAAUCUGAAGUAUUUGUGAAGUAAUGAUACCUUUAAGGCGUCUUUUUUUUUUUUUCCCUUUUUUUUUUUCUCCUUUAGCACACUGGGUCUAGCUUAUCCUUGGUAUUGCUUUCAGCUAAACUACUAAAUUUAAUGAGAAUUUGUGCUGGUGCCUGAAAUUCUUGUUACGUUGCCUGGGAAGGAAGAUAGAAAUGUCACAGUGAGGUUACCAGGUAAUGUUGAAUCUUUAGUGGAGGUAACUCCAUGGCAUUGUUACAGAAAGGAAAAAGUCUCUAUUUUCAUGCUUUUUUCCUAUUAAAAAAACAGAGCAAAAAAACCCACAAAGGCUUAUGGGAAAAAAUUCUAGGUCAAGGAGUCACAAAGUAAUGGUUUGAAAUACACAACAGAAUCUGAAGCACACAGCAAAGCCAAGUGUGCUGAUUUUGCCACAUUGUACCCAAAUCAGUAAUUAUGGUCAUCUCUGUACUACAGGUUCUCUAUCCUGUCAGCAGCAGCUCAACAGUAUCUGUCUCUUUCUGUUAUAGAUUUUCCUGUUUCAUUUUUUAGACUUUUAACUAGUACGGUUACUGUAGAUACUCCUGAUGUUAAAAGGAUGAAUGAAUCAGUUAUAUCUCCAUUUCAUACACCGCAGAUAACUACUAACACAGAGCAGAAGAAUCCCUGAAAGCUGUACGCUGACACCUGUGAUAGAUAACUGAUAAUAGUUAACAUUAGUAACCAAACUGGAAUACUGUUUACACAGAGCAAUCCAAACUGGUCAAAUACUGGUCAAAGAAAGAGAUACUCAAAUUUGAUUACAGAUCUGGAGAGAUGCUAAUGACACCUUCACAGAUGCUUGUUUGUUACAACCAGAUUCAUUCC